AUGUUUAUUGCGCGAUCAGAAUACGACCGCGGAAUCAACACCUUCUCGCCUGAGGGUCGUUUGUUCCAGGUCGAAUACUCCUUGGAAGCUAUUAAACUCGGUUCGACUGCCAUCGGAGUCGCUACGUCGGAAGGCGUUGUCCUCGGUGUCGAGAAACGUGUCACUUCUUCGCUGCUUGAGACGUCGUCCGUGGAAAAGAUUGUCGAAAUCGACCAACAUAUUGGCUGCGCCAUGUCCGGUCUGCAGGCAGAUGCACGCUCUAUGAUCGAACAUGCCCGUGUUGAGUGUCAGAACCACGCAUUCCAUUUCUCCGAAUCCCUUCGCGUUGAGAGUUGUACACAAGCGAUUUGCGAUUUGGCGCUGAGAUUUGGCGAGGGAGCCGAUGGCGAAGAGAGUGUUAUGAGCCGGCCAUUCGGUGUGGCACUUUUGAUCGCUGGUUAUGAUGAGGAUGGGCCACAACUAUUUCACGCCGAGCCUUCCGGAACAUUUUACCGAUACGACGCAAAGGCCAUCGGCUCCGGUAGUGAAGGUGCCCAAGCCGAGCUUCAGAACGAGUAUCACCGCUCCCUCACCCUCGCCGAAGCGGAGACACUUGUGCUUAAGACCUUGAAACAAGUAAUGGAGGAGAAACUGGAUGCUAAGAAUGUGCAGCUGGCCAGCGUUACGAAAGAGAAAGGAUUCCGAAUUUACGGCGAGGAGGAGAUGGGUCGCGCAGUUAGUCAGUUGGGUGGAAAUUAG